GCAUCGGCAACGAACUGCCAAGGUAUCGAGUCGGAGCCCAACCCAAAUCAACCCCACUCGGCGUCGCUGUUCUUUCGAUCGGAGUCUUAAAACGGCGAGCGAAGGUGGAAGGAUUUGCUUGAUUCGUCGAAUUGGAGUCCAUUGAAAGAUGGUUCUUCUGCAGCCAGAUCCGUUUCUUAAUGAGCUUACUAGCAUGUUUGAGCGCUCAACAGAGAAAGGAUCUAUCUGGGUCACCCUCAAGCGUUCAUCUAUGAAGUGCAAGGCAACUAGGAACAAAAUGGAGACUAGUGGGCAACCAAUUGAGUAUCGUUGCCUUGUUCGUGCUACUGAUGGCAAGAAGACCAUCUCUACUUCGCUUUCGGCAAAGGAAUACCAGAAAUUCCAAGCUUCUUAUGCAACUGUUCUUAAAGCUCACAUGAAUGCUCUUAAGAAAAGGGAACGGAAGGAUAGGAAGAAGACCGUCGAGCCUGAGAAGAAACAAGAUUCAUCCAAGUCAAACUCCUCGAAGAAGCGAUCAUUGUCAACCUUGAAGCCCUCAAAAUGAGGCACAAUUUGAGUUCUCAAGUCUGCAAUUGGCCCCCUUCAAGGAUGGUUAGAAUGCUGCAACAUUAAUUAGUUUUCCAUGACAAUGAGGCAAUUUUUGUGGAUUCUGGAAUGGAUUUAUACCCUUCAGAGGGAAAUAUCUCAACGUUCUUAAAUUUUUCAGAAGACUGAAUUUUACAACUGUUCAGUAAUCAUUAGUAUUAUUUGCUUGUCC